AUGAAGAUUUGCACGGGCUUGGUGAACUAUGUGAGAAGCCGGAUGCUUCGACCAGAAUCGCAACGGCGAAUGGUCCUCGUUAUCGUUAGCAUCGCCCUUCUCCUCGACAAUAUGCUUUACAUGGUAAUAGUGCCCAUUAUCCCUGACUACCUCCGCACAAUUGAUGUAAUUGAACGUCGCGAAGACCUUAUUGCUAAUUUUUCACAAACCGCGAUGCUCCACAACUAUACCGGAAAGGGCAAAAUCAAGUUUAGUUGGCUUGUCACUGAAGCGGAGGAUGCGAAAAUAGGGACUCUAUUCGCCUUCAAGGCCAUUGUUCAACUAUUCUUUAAUCCUCUCUCCGGAUAUCUUAUUGAUCGCAUCGGCUACGAUGUUCCAAUGGUCAUCGGUCUAAGCGUUAUUUUUGUAUCUACGUCCAUUUUUGCGUUCGGACACUCAUUUGGAGUGAUGUUUACAGCACGCGGGCUUCAGGGUUUAGGGUCGGCAUUUGCAGACACGUCUGGUCUCGCUAUGAUUGCGGACAGGUACACAGAAGAAGGUGAACGCACAAUGGCUCUGGGCAUCUCGCUAGCCUUUAUUUCAUUUGGUUCACUAUUCGCCCCUCCUUUUGGCGGUGUGCUCUACCAGUACUGUGGGAAGGAGUUCCCAUUCAUUGCGCUGGCGUUUCUGGCUUUAUUCGACGGGUUUCUAGUCAUGUUUAUAAUGCAGCCUGUAAGGUUGGCUCGUAUGGAAUUACAAGCAGAAGGAGCCCUCCCAAAACCGGCCCCCAUUCAUCGCCUCUUGCGUGAUCCUUUCAUUCUUAUUUGUGCUGGAGCCCUCGUAGCCGCCAAUGUUUCCCUGGCAUUUCUUGAACCGACGAUUGCGAUCUGGAUGCAGGAUACAAUGCAAGCAACAAACUCACAGGCUGGUCUUAUUUGGCUUCCUGCCUUUUUGCCGCAUGUUCUAGGUGUUUACACAACGGUAAAACUAGCCGAACGCCACCCUCAGUACCAGUGGUUAAUGGCUGCCAUAGGUCUCCUUCUCGAGGGUGUCAGUUGCUUAGUGAUACCAUUCUGUGGUAAUUUUGUGACUCUUAUGAUCCCCAUUUGCGUCUUAUGUUAUGGAAUAGCAUUGGUGGACACAGCCAUCCUCCCCUGUCUGGGCUAUCUUGUGGACACACGUUUUGUUUCCAUUUAUGGUUCGGUGUACGCCAUUGCUGAUAUUUCAUACUCAGUCGCUUACGCCGUUGGCCCUAUUGUGGCGGGAAAUCUACUUGGCAUCAUGAACUUUACUGGCCUUAAUAUAUGCAUCUGUGUGGUUACCUGUGCCUAUGCCCCUUUACUGUACAUCCUUCGGAAAUCCCGCGUUCCCGAUGAAGAAAGAGAAAAGAAAAUGGGAUUUGUUGUAGAAAUACAGGAACCUCUGGAGGAAUUUGAAAAAAUUAGUGAAUUGGAAAAAGGUGAACCGGUUGCUAAAAAAAGGCGACUGCGGAGACAGGAGACAGCAAGUUUUGAACCAGCCGGCUGUCGUCGUUCAAUAUCCACAUCAAACGCAUUAAUUAUGCAUGCUAAAACACUCUCCACGGAAUGUCCAGGCUUCGAACAGCCGAGUGAUGACAAUCGCGUUUCGGAACCUCGACUGUUAUACGCGGCGGAUGGUUCAGGAGGCAUUGUUCGUGCCAUUCCAAGUAAUGCAGUGCCAAGUGAACAAAGUGUGUAUCUCAAAGACAACGAUUAUAAAUAUUGA